UCCUAGACCCCCAAAUCUUGGCCUUCUCCGGCGGAGACGCUAAGCCAUGGCGGAGAAUUCCUUCCUCGACCCGUCCCCCUUCGACUCCAAUCCAUCGAUGGAUGCCUCCUAUCCUCCCUUCUUCGAUUCGGACCUCACCCUUGACGAUCUUCCCCUCCCCGCCGAUUUCGGCGAGGAUUUCUCCUUUCACGACUUCGACAUCAGCCCCGAUUUCCCCAUCGAGGAUUUGCUCCGGUCGCCGGAGGAGCAGCCAUUCCCUCCCUCCGGCAAUGGAUCCCAGUCGCCUAAUUCAAACGACGGAUCCGGCGUAUCCUCCUCCUGCCCGACCUCCGGCCAUCAAAGCUCCGAUCUUUCCCGGAAUAAUGGCCCCUCCUCCCCUGACUCCGGCCACUCCGCCGCCUGUUCACCCAAUUCCGGCAACUCCUCCGGCGUCACCAGCCAGGAGCUGAAGCUGGAGGAUGAGAACAGCAGGUGGAACCUCAAGAGGAAGCAGGACGGAGAGGAUGGAUGCCCUAACCCUAUUGCUAACCCAAACCUUAGGAACAGCAAGUAUCAGCGAUCGGAGCAGGGGAACUGCGCGAGUGCUUUUAAUGCGGGGUGCGAGGAGGAGGAGAAGAGGAAGGCGAGGCUGAUGAGGAACAGGGAGAGCGCCCAGCUCUCGAGGCAGCGGAAGAAGCAUUACGUCGAGGAGCUGGAGGAGAAGGUGAAGUUGAUGCACUCCACGAUCAAUGAACUGAACACCAAGAUCUCGUACAUCAUGGCAGAGAAUGCGAACCUACGGCAGCAAUUGGGCGGAAGCAGCGCGAACUGCCCUCCGCCGGGUGUUUAUCCUCCGCCACCGAUGGCGCCCAUGCACUUCCCGUGGAUCCCGGGAUAUGCCGUGAGGCCCCAAGGGUCUCAGGUUCCUUUGGUUCCUAUACCUAAAUUGAAGCCUCAGCAGCCUGCCUCAGCUUCCAGGGCCAAGAAGUCUGAGAGCAAGAAGAACGAGAGCAAGGUCAAGAAAGUUGCAAGUGUGAGCCUAUUGGGGCUUUUGUUUAUUUUGCUGUUUUUCAGAAGUAUAGUUCCAGGAGUGACUCCUAGGUAUGGAGGAGAUAGAGAUGAAGUAUUUGGUGAGUUAGGUGUCGCCAAAGAUGGGAUUUUUGGUCGGUCUAAAGGAAGCAUUUUGAGUGUCAAUGGUCGUGGUAGUGGUGUGAAUAGUACUGAUGAAAUUGGAUUAUGCAAUGGAAAGAUGGAUCUUGGCGAAGGAGGUGUUGAUUGGGUCACUCGUAGGAGAUGUGAGACUGGAGUGGAUGGAUCUGUGUUCAAAGUCAAACAGAACUUGAGCGAGACUCUGCCUGCUUUGCUAUAUGUUCCAAGAAAUGGAAAACAUGUGAAGAUUAAUGGAAAUUUGAUAAUCAAUUCGGUUCUUGCUAGCGAGAAGGCCAUGGCACAAACAAAGUCUAGAGAUCAGGUGAGGCAAUCGUCAAGUAAAGAAGGUGAAGAGACGGGUCUAGCUAUUCCUGAUAAUGUGGCCUUGGCUUUGGCCCUUUCUAGAAGUGGAAGAGAGGUGGAUCAACAUUCUAACUCGUAUAGGAGCGCAGGUGAACAUCAGAGAGCACUUGCUUCUGAUUCUGAAGACGUAUAUGGGGACAAUUCAAAGAGAAUACCAGCUGAUGGACCACUGCAUCAAUGGUUCCGUGAAGGAAUGACAGGUCCAGGAUUAAGUUCCGGCAUGUGCACUGAAGUAUUCCAGUUUGAUGUCUCACCAGCCUCUGCUCCAGGUGGUAUCAUUCCUGCCCCUAAAAUUGUUAAUACUCCAGAUGCUAAUGCUACUGAGAAGCUACACCCAUCUGCUCAUCCAAGGAAGAUGAAGAAUAGGAGGAUAAUGUAUCCUGAGCCAAUUCCACUCCCUGGAACAACUCUUAAUGAUACAGAACACUUUGCAGAGCCUUCUAAAAGCAGGAAAUUACAUGAUAACAAAUCUGUUUCCUCGGUGGUCGUCUCUGUGCUGGCUGAUCCUAGGGAGGCUGGUGAUGGGGAGGGUGAUGCCAGGAUCUCGCCGAAGUCUCUCUCUCGAAUCUUUGUUGUUGUGCUUCUUGAUAGUGUCAAGUAUGUUACUUACUCCUGUGGUCUCCCAUUCAAAAGUAGUGGCCCCCAUCUUGUAGACUAGCUGUUAGGGACAAGUUAUAACUGGAUUAUAUGAAACUCAUUGUGAGAAUCUGAAUAUGGUCAGUUUAGUAUGGUUGACGUCAUUUGACUGACAACUUCUGAAACAAAUAGAGCAAAUCUGAAAAAUUGGAAGGCAAAAUCAUGACCUUUAACAAAUUCUUUAUCAUUUAUUUCGAAAUAAUUCUUCACUUA